UCUGUCUUGAAAAGGCUGGGUUUCUUUUUGUUUGAUGAUCUCUUAUGAUUUCCACUGUAGUUGUGUACCUUAUGUAGAGGCCUGCAUGUAAGUGCAUGUGCCUGUAUGGACAUUGUACAUGUGGCUGGGAUAGUUAAUGUGUGUUACACAGCGACAGAACCUAAAUCUAGUGUACACAGUGUGCAUGAUCGGGGUGUGUGCAAAAUAAUCCAUCUGACUUCUUCCUGUGAGGACAAGGACUGAAUAGAUGGUUGAACGUUGUAUUCACUGUACCCUUGUGGAAUCAACAAUACAUUCAUGUCCAGGAAAUCGAAGUAUUCCUCUUGAAGAUUACGGACAGGAACAGAACCGACCAAUUUGUAUUUGAUUUCCUGACAGCUGUGUACCUGGAUAUGAGGUGUUUAGGUGACUGGUCAAAAAUUUGGUAGGAAGGGCUCCAAUGUCGCUGGAAACCAGUUUUCCUGUCUGUGAUUUUUUUUUUCGCUAUAUCUGUACAGCAGUUUGAAAUUAAUUGGAGGUUGUCAUUCAGACAACAGGAACAGUGGAAACACACAACGCCACAUUUUUCAGUGCAUGUGUGAAUUAGGUGUUCGUGUACUUGUAUCCAGUGAUGAUUAUCAAGGCUUGCACUCAUAUGUUUGGGUAACCUGGCUACUAGCCCCAAUCAGAAGGGUUGGUUCUCUACAAGUGUCAACAGAUGUCCAGACCUACUUUAACACUUUAGAGUCUCGGCAAUGCCGCACAAGCUCUGUGGGACCAGCUCACACCCUGCGCAUCGAACAGAGGUUACCAGUCGUCCGUAGCGAUGGUCAGGACUCUGGCGUUGAAGACCUAGGGAUGGCGAGCCCUUGUAGCCCCAAUGGUCUAGAUGCGGGAACAAAAACCACCUUGACUCAAAAGGAGUUCAUGGUGUACAGGCGUGCCCUUCUCUGUUCACAGUUCCCUGUCCUGAGUUCUCCCAAGCCGACGUCCUCCCCCGACCCUCCCUCCCCCUACGCCUACCCUCUCUCCCCGCCUGCAGGUGCCCACCAUCCUCCAGCAUUCCCCUUCCUGGCCUCUCGCACCUCCCAGGCCCAGCUGAUGACCCCCGAUAAGGCGGUGCCACCGCCGGGGGGCAGCGUUGGGGUGGAUGGGUGGAGUGAUGAGGAAAGCGAGGAGGAGGUGCUGGUGCAGAAUGAGAUGUUGGCUGGUCUGGUGCGGAAGGCGUUCCAGCUGAAUGAGGAGCGACACCGCUAUUACGACGAGGUCAUCUCUGAGGGGCUUAGUCGCAAAGCGCCUGCACGGAUUCUCGUUGAGGAACUGGUCAGUCGGCUUAGUGUUGUGGAAAAUAAUAAGCAUCCCUUCUACCACCCACAGGCAUUUGAGCCCCGAGCCUAUGACAUCUGGCAGCAAGGGGAGCGUCGGCACAUCAGCGAGCUGAUUGAGAGCUUCUGGCAAUUCUCACUUCCUUCCCCAGUGACCAGCAUGGUCAAACCCAGCUACUGGCAGAGUGUGCACGAAGAGUACACUGACCUCAUGGUCAGGCUCAUAAGGCUUGACAGGAGACAAGCAGUCAACAGCUUCUCAGCCUCCCUGCUAAGAUCAACAUCAAGAAGAUUGCUCAAAGAAUUUGGACUUCGCUAUGGAGUGGGGGAAUUAUACAGAAGGAUUGUGUUCCUAGAAUACCUUGCGAGUAAUGAUCACUUUGAAUCUGAGGUAUGGUACAUGGAGAUGAUCUUGAGAGAAUUGACCAGGCUUUCCAUGCAGCUUCCUGUAACCUCCUUCCAAGCCCGUUUCAUCAUGGUCAGGCAAGAGUUUGAGCUGCUGCUAGAGGUACUGACCAGGCUUCAUGAACACAGCAAACAUGGGUUACAGGGACUACUUCAGAUUCAGGAAGACUCCAGCUACCGAGCAGUUGCCCUGGUGAAUCUUCUGUCUUCAGUGCUGAACUUGAAGCUUCAGCUAACAGGCCGCAAGGGAUACACCCUGGAACAUUACUUGGAGGGCUACAUCAAAGAAAGUGCGAAGCAAGCCUACCUCAGACACAAGCUAAGGUUAGAGACAGAACUCAGUAUCAACACAUACGUCAGUCCCAUCACUGCAGAGCUGGUUACCAGGCUGGUCGGCUGCGCAGAGGAAGAUGUCAGACGAUGUCUAGACUAUUACCAUGGUGUGUUUGGCAGAUACAACCAAGAAAUCGUCAAGUUAGCUGCGACUACGUUCUACUCCAAUCUCAUGACAGAUGUCAACGUUGUCUGUGAGAUGUCGAACAUCAGUGAGGAUUUGCAAAGUAUUGAUCAGGAGUUGCUAGCUUUAGCUCAAAAGCUGAAUGAACUAGACACUGCAUGGAAGGACUACAUACCACGCCAAGCACAGCAGUGGAGGCAGCCCAUGCUGGCCCAGGCAAAAGCCUGGCUGAAGACGAUGACCAAACAACUGACCCACCUGGUGGUCAAAGUUGUGGACACAGACAAGUUCACAUCUGACUUCGGUACAGACGUGGCAUCUGUGCCCGAGUCCAGUGAGCCGAGGCAGUUUUCUCGUCAAACCAGCAUCUUGAGGCACUCACCCUUCUCAGCAUUCACCACCGUCAGCUCCUCUGCCAAAAGGUCACCUGACAGGGUCAAAAUUCCCAAGGAUGGUUCUGUUCAAGCUGUCCAGUCGAACCUUAAAAGCAAAUCCAGGAAGACCUCUGAGAAGCCCAGAGAUGUCGGCCUUACAAAAACAGAGGCUGGCGAUGUCUCUGGUGCACGGGGUUCGGUCUUGUACAUGAAUGCCGGCAGUGACUUAAAACGAGUGAAGUCCUUGCCAGACAUGACGCACCAUGACUCUCUGGGCCACGGGCAUGGGCUGAGGCGGAAUGUCACCACAGCGGACCUGCAACAGGCCCAGACUGCUGGCCAGGUGCAGUUUCACAACAUAGACAAUGGAGUGGUGAGCUUCUCCAAGAAAGAUCAGAGAAUCCCGGACACUCUCCCGCAAGAGGCUGAUGCCUCAGGCCGUUCCUCAAGAUCUGAGGGAGGUGCACCAACACAAGGCACAAGAGUAUCGCCGACAGAAGUGGAUGCUUUUGAAAGGGAUAUGCCAGUCCUAACAGAGAGUAGCGAUAUUGGUGCUCUGGAUGAAGUGUACAAAGACAAAGAGAAAAUAUUAAUAGAUAGUUCGAAUAACAACAGCACUGACAAAGACAAGAACAGGGACUCCCCCAGUUCAGUUAUCCCUGUCAAGGAAGACACAGCAGCGACUAGUCCCACUUCAGAGAAUGGUCUUGUUACGCAGCCCAGUUCUGGUCAAGACACUUGUCCCGACAUUGAUAUUAGACCUGGUCCUGAGAUAGGGCCCAGUACAGACAGUAGUCCUGGUUCAGAGAGAACUGGCUCCACAGAGACUGCUCCUGGUCCAGGUGCAACCAGUCAUGCAGAACAAGACAUUUCACCACCUCAGGUGCUGCUGUCACCCAACGUGGUGGCUGUAGACCAUUCAGAAAUUGAAGUGAUGCCACACUCCAGAACUGCAAGCUACUCUGACAGAGGAAGCGAAGCUGCAGUGCUUCAGAGUGGAGGUUUGUCAGAGACGAACAGUCACACAACAUCAACACACAGUUCCCACCCUAAUUCAUCACCAACAAGCUCCCUGCCUCUGCAUCCAGCCCCUGAGUCGAAAGCCACCCGUGCGGCCUCCGUGUCCUUCAAGAUGGACUCCCUUAAGCCCGAGGACAGCCAGCCGGACGGUUUCUCGUCCAGUCUGGUGGACGUCAUGUUCAUGACACAGCGCAUCAUCGGCUUCAUGCAGAAGCUGAUCGGCAUCCUCUGUCCGGCCGAUGUUGAGAUGCCCCUCGGCCCGGACAGAGACUUCACAGGGUCCUUCAGCAUCAGAUCAUUUUUUGUUCGAGUGGCAACCAUGAAAACUGAGCUGAAAGAAGUAACAGAGGGGGCUAUCAUCAAAGUGUUGUGUCUGUAUGCGAACAACUUGCUGGCCAUGGAUUUGUGUGCCACUGAAAAGGACAAAGUGGACCAACUCGUGGAUGAAAAGGUACUUCAUGGAGUUUUGGUGAACCGUCAAGAGUCCAUGCUGAGCCGUUGUCGUCACGAGAGAGAGGGCAACCUACCUUGUGAUUACUACUUGAAUAGAGAUACUGCCUUGCUGUGUGACAAGCAUGAACCCAUAACAAGACAGAUGUGUGUCAGGAUCAAUAACACGUGGAGCAUACUCUGCCUCUUACCCAAGCUGACAAGCAUGCUGCAGUCACGUCUGCGGGGGCACCCUCCGUCACCCAUCGCCUCAGAGGAUGAACACCAGAACAGGAUCUAUAAUGAGCCCGUGGAGCAAGCAGACCUUGAUGGGUCUAGCCUUGCUGAAGGUGACCAUAAGUUGCACCUGGACAGUGUCUUACAGGCCCAGAUACAGCUACUUGCCCACAAGUUGAAUCUGGUCCUACAGCAGGCAUUGCAUGUCCUGCUUACCCCAGACUUCGACGAGCUAACGAUCGGGGACCGGCUGCAGCCUCUGACCAGCUGCCUGUACGACCACCGAGAGGCGCUGGGCCGCUGGCUGACCCCGCCCUGCCUGAGGCUGUUCAUGCAGAGGCUCUGGCUGUGCCUGGUUGGGGACUUUGAGCGGGAGGUAGAGGGCCUAAGGCUGCUGAAGGAGCAGGCAGACAGUCAGGCCCUGCUGCUGUCCCAGUCCAUUUCGCAUCUUAUUGAGUUUCUGCAUGCCAAGGGAGAAGGGCUAGGCAUUGAUCAGCUCGUCAAGCCAGCAGAGGUAAUUCUGAACACGCUUCAGCUGCACAGCCUGUCCAGUAAAAUUCUGAUCCACCUCUACCGGAAACAGCUGAGUAGAGAAGCUGAAGUCGAAGCAGGCUUGUCAGACCCUCUUCCUACGGAAGUCCUGCAGACCAUGUAUCAAGCACUUCACAAACAGCGCAAGUGCUUCACUGGACACCACAUGGUCAUGUGGCUCCUGGUGCAUUACUUCAAAGCCCAAGACCAGCCAGUAAGCAGGAGAAUAAAGUACAAACGUAAGGCCCAAAAGGUGGGACAGAGGCUGCUAGAUGUAGGCGUCAUUCAGCACAUAACUUCCCGUAGCCGCACUGUUACUGAUAUAUGCCAUGAUGACCUGGCCGGGUUCUCAUCUGAUACCAGCGUGACAGAUUCCACCCCCUACCCAGUGGUCACAAUUGACAGUGUCCCCAAGACCUCCAUCAGGCGUCGCAGCCAAGACCUGGGCAAUGAUAGCUCUGAGGACAGCCUAGAAGUCUCGGCGAUGCAGGAGCGCCCCAGGCGCACCAAGAGGAGGAUCUCUGACUUCUAUUCCGAGGAGAUGGAAUCCAGCGAUGAGAGCUCCUCCUCAAAGUCAGGGCAGAAAGGUGGGAGGACAAUUGUGCUGAAGGCUGAGGUUCAUGUGUCUGCGACAGCCGACUCGGAUGAAGUCCCAGGAGUUGGCCAGAAGGAUGCCUCUGCCUCUCAAAGCCAGCUGUCUCAUCAAGACGUGACAAGACAAGCCAGCUCGGGUGAGGAGAGUCCAAGACGGACUCCACCGCCCGAGUCCCAACCCAAGAUGUCUUUUUCAAGGAAGUUCCUGAGGGGUGCCUUCUCCAGCAGCCAUGCUCCAUCGUCUCCCUCUUCUUCCUCCUCUGCCAGUAAGCAAGAAUCCUCCACCAUGCCCUCCAGGCAUGCCAAGCAGCCCGAGUCACGGCAACUGUUCUCCGCAGACACUCAACACUUCUACUAUUUCCGCGAUGUGGAUGACCCGCUCCUCUACAGCCUGUCCAUGGACUCCACCAGGUCAGGUUCACCCCUGGAAGACAGGGAGCAAUCCCGCACAGGGAAGCCAUCCCGAAAGCCCUAUCCACACUGGAAGCAUCCCUUGGCCAAUGCCGAUUAUCUCCUAGGGAUCCUCCUUUGCAGGCGAAGACGCAGCAGCACAGCCAAAGAAUUCACUCGCUCUGUUCCCAACAAAUUUUGGGAGGAAGACAGCAAUUCUCCCUGUUGUAGCUGUUUCACCUAAUCUUUUACGCAUUUGCAGCCUGUCUUCCUUAGACAUGAAGUCCUUGACCAGUCAAGUUAUUAGCCUUUCAGAAGAAUGGCCGACACAAUAAGAGGAAGCUAUUUGAAGUGGGUAAAUUUGGAGCAAAUACAAAAGAUUUUACCCUAACCAAAUAGCGCCCUCCUAUUGUGUCCACCAUAGCUCUAAAAGGCUAAUGGCAAGCCCAGUGUAACUUUCAAGACUGUGUGCUAAGUAGAGGAAUUCUCUUAAAACUAAUGUGCCUCUGGCAAACCACCUCACUUUUGCCAGUUCCGUAAUAUCUGCUCCAGGUCAAACAAUUCCAUUUAGUUGGAAAACAGUUUACCUUCACAUACAUCCAAGUGGGGAGCUGGUAGCCACCACAGAUGUUUAUAACAAAUAGACAACCCAAAUGACCAAAGUUCAGUUGUGAAAUGCUCUGUAAUCUCCAUGAAUUUAUCUGGUACCUCAUGUGAACUUUGGAAAUUUUGGUAUGGGAUAUAUAUGUGUAUAGGCAGUUAUAUAUGCAGUUUAAACAUUUUGUAGAAGCCAUUCCUCUGUUUUCCAAUAGGUUUGUUGGCCUUAUACAUUUAUAAUAAGAGUAAUAAUAAUUUCCCCUUUCAUGAAUUUUGCAUUUGAAUAUUCAAAUUUGGAAAAUAAUACUUGAAUAUUCAAUAAUUGAUCGAAUAUUCGGAUAUUUGCAUAUUCGGCACAGGCCUAGUUUCAAUACAAUAUGGCUGCUUACAGUUUGGAUAUCAUAUCAACAGUUAUUUAUGUGAGCUGUUAGCUUUUUAUGUACCUAUGCAAUUUAUGUGUGUGCAACUUUUGUAUGAACAGAAAGCCUCCUAGAUCUGCAAUAAUACGGAAAGUAUUAACAACUUACAAUUUUUAUUUUGUAUUUUAAGUUUAUGAUUUGCAAUAUGUUUGGUACCAUAUGGAUAAGUAAUUAUUUUUUUCGGUAUGAAUUCUUUUGUUCGCGACUUCCUGAAAACUCACACUUUUUUACUCUUUCUUUCCAAGUUUUACAACAUGUACACAUUCCUUAUUCCCUAACUUCAUUUGAAAUGAUAGAAUAGUGCUGUUACUUUCUGGGCAAACGAUUUCCAUUUCAAUGCUACAGGCCAUUCAUCAUGUAUUCAUUCAUCGACCCUGUAUUUGAUAGACACAAAAAUAAUAUUGACUUUAUAUUGAAUUAUAUUGCUAACAGGUUCAGAUAUACAUGUACAUUGAAUGAAAGGCUGAAGAUGUACUAAAUUUUUUAUUGCAAGUACAUGUACGUUGUUGUUAAAUUUUAUUUCCCCUGCUAAUGUCAAGGCUGGCCGGAUGUAAAUGUUUGGUUUAUUAACCGUAUUUGCGCAUAUGUUGUGUCAUAAAGUUUAAUAUACAGUACUAACCAUGAAUACUUACACGUCCAAAAUUAUGCAGCUUUUUUCUUUUGUUUCGUCUCAACCAAAAAGACAUUUCGGUGACACAUUGAGCCGAGUUAUGGAGAAGGCUGAGGUUUCGUGUUUGUCAUCACAAAUACGAGGCUAUUGGGCGAGGUGUGUUACUGUAAUUGUCAGCAAAAUUGACACUGAAAAUAAACCAGCACUCAUACAGAGGAACAAACUGGAACGGAAGCUUUGAAGAGUGCACCGUUAAGGUUGUGACACUUGACCGCAUCACCAUAACAAGGCAUGGACAUGUACUGGACGUGUACACGUAUUUUCACCUGUACAUAAACGAAGGCCAACUUGCUUUCGAUCUGAUCGUACGUACCGUGAGCAGUUUUGCUGACGCUGACCUGUGUGUGAAAAGCACAGUGUACAAGAUCCCGUGACGCGACAUUUUAAUGCUAACAACCUACCCCUGUGAAUUCUGAUCAUCGUAUGGGUAUUGUACUUCUACAAAUCAAUAAUGGCCUCUGAAGAUUCUACCACUAAGGUGGUGUCACCGUGUCAUGCGACCGAAGAAUCGCAAGUCGUGAUUGUUCCUAACAUGUCAUCUGUGACUAUCUCUACCGGAAAGCGUUCACGCUUUUAAGCUUACAUGCACAGGCUAUGAGAAAAAUGGAAAUAUAUGAAAAGUCAAUUAUAAUCAUGAUGACGUCAUCAUGGCGUCUUCCAUUUUGUAGCUGUCUUUGGGAAAACCAGCAGUUUUGAUGUUGAUCAAGUGCUGUCUCGUGUGUAAAAAAGGCGUUUUGACAACGUCAUCGUGACGUCACUAUUUUCUAAUUAUCAUGAUCACAAAUACAACUGUGAAAAUACUUUUCUUUUGUUCAGGAGUUGUAUUAAAUGAUCACGAUAAGUUUGAACAAAAAAAUCAUGAAAAACGUCAUUACAACGACACACUUGUAUUCGCAAUUCUGGAAUAGCGUUAAAAUUCCACCACACUUAGAAUUCUGUCACCGAAAAAAAGACGAUAGAAUCACACAGAAGAAACAGAAUGCAUCACUGGCAUGAAAAAGCCUUUCUGGAUAGGUUAUCUCGUUUAUACUUUCACCGAAUUUAGCUUUGAAGUCAUUCCUUUCAGCGCUAAUUUGAAUGCAGUGUGAAGUGGCCAUUCAGUUGAAAAGAACUGUCAAUUAUAGUUUUCGAAUACGAAAAUACAGUAAAAUAUAUCAAAUUGAUAGUAUCAGCCAAUCAAAUUGAAUUACCAGCGUAGAGAAUUCAAAAUCGCCAAUGCAUAAGACCAAGAACAUACGAUGAAGUGAAUUCACAAAUGGGCAAACAUUUUCGUUUUUCCUGCUUUGUAAUAAUUCAAAUAACCAAUAACGCGUUAGAUAACGUACACAUGUACACUGGAUUGCAGUCACACAAAAAUGCAAGAAAUGUUCGCCAAUAAUCCCCAAACAAUUUGUGUACAUUACUGAACUGCAUCAAAACAGUUUUCGCAAACAGUCAUGUGAUAAGUAAUUCCGGAUACAUCCCUGAAUUUGCGUACUUCUUGUCCAUUUUAUUGUGCAUGUAAUCAUUACUCAUAGGAAGGUGAACACCGACGGUAAAAAUUUAAAGCCUCAUUAAAAGAACGUCUGCGAAAUUGAAUAAAAUUGAGUGGCAUUUAA